CAAAUUUUGUUAAAUUACAUUUAGACCCGUCAGUUAUUAAAAUAUCCUUUUGACACAGUAUUUCGCAAAUCUUGCAAAUUCAGUUAUUCGUGAAGCUGUUGGCUCUUCAUUUCUCUGGCCAGACUCAGUCCCUCCCUCUCUCUCUGUGCUGUUGACAGGGAAAAAACCUUCUGUUCAGUGAACAAUCGAUCGAGGAUCUGAUGCUUGGUUGUUAUGUGUCAAUGCUUCAAGAAUUGGCAGUGCAAGGAUGCUGGGAAUUCGCUGGCUUCUCAUCUUUUGAUCUUUUAUUCUGCAACACGAUUAUUCUUUUGUACAAGUGAUCUUGCCACAGCUCCACCAAAUAUUGGUCUGUUGAACGUGAACUUAUCCAGUGGUCAUCCCUUAUCCAGUGGUCAUCCCUCAAGCUCAAAUGUCCUCGAAGGAGCAGAAAGCUGGCACCACUUAAAAAGUGGGCAGUAUGUUUGACCGCACAAACUGCAAAUAUAACCUUGAGUGAUCAAGAUAGGAAAACAAGGGAAGCAAGCAGACAAGUUUUAUCUGCAUUUAGUUUCAGUGUCGAGGAGGAGGAUACUUGGAAAAGCAUCUGGGCACAUCCACUCACCCGACUGGAGUGAAAAGUGAAAAAUUGAAGUCCCAAAGUAUGAAACUGUUAACGAAAAUUUGAAGUACUUGAGUCUAAGACUUUCCGACGAUGAUCUCUAACACUGUUCAUAAUUCUUUUCAAAUACAAGUUGAUUAUAUAUGUUUUCACUGUAUUAGGAUAAGUCCUUGUCUCAGUUAAUCAGGACUGGCAAGCUUCCAGUUCUGCGAACGAUGUGUACUUUAUUACUUAUACUAUAAGAACUCCUUAAAGUUCUUGCAACUACAGUUAAGUUUGAUGAAAAUUUAAAAUUUGUAUUAGGAGAAGGAGGCUAUUAUACAAUUUUUUGAAAUUUAUGAUCUUUAAGUAACAAGGAAAAGAAAGGAUAGCCAUUUGAGGUGACUGAGUUGUCUGGGGAUGAAUGUUUUCAGUUGAGAAUUUAAGUUCAACUGUUUUAUAUAUCGACACUUUGCGGUUAGCUUAGGUAUUAGGAGAGAAGGACGAUUGAACUAUUUAGAGUUGGGUUUACAUGGGCUUUCCAUGAUUCCAAGCUUGUCAUAAAACAACAAAUUAAGAGAAAGAAAUGGCGAAAUCAAUGGUAUUUGAUCCUACAAGACCGUUGUUUGCGUGUAUUUAAUUAGCAUUCAAUAUCGUUCACGUCUAAAAUUAGCCACAACAAGUGCAAUUGAAUAGGCAAAGUCUCUUUUGAAACUGACACACACACACGUAAUAAAAAGCACUAAACUAUAUAUAUAAGCAGAGGAGAGGCCACACACCACACCUGUUGUAUGCUAAACAAAAGCCAGAAAGAAAGAAAUAUCGAUCAAUCAUGGCCAACACCAAGACGACUACUACUACUACAACACUAAUUUUAGCAAUUCUUUGCCUCCUCCUUGUAGUCCAGCUGGAGGUGCAUCCAGUUGCAUCACAAAAAAUAGAUUGCAAAUCAAAAUGUGAGUACAGGUGCAGCAAGACAUCAAGGCACAAGAUGUGCAUAAGGGCAUGUAACACUUGCUGUGAGAGGUGCAACUGCGUGCCGCCCGGAACUUCUGGAAAUGAAGAUGUCUGCCCUUGCUAUGCUAAUAUGACCACCCACGGUGGUAGACACAAAUGUCCUUAAUUUAAUUUAUUAAUUAGUUAAGGACUAGUAACUAUAUACUCUUUAUAUGUAUGCAUGUGUUCGAUUCCGAGCUAUAUAUAUAUACGUGCAUAUGAAAAUGUUGUUUGGAUUGGAGAUAAAAAGUACUAUGAUAAGAUGAAUUGGUGCU